AUGGGCGCAUGCGAGUCUCGCGCGAAGAAAGGGCCGCCUCUCUCCGCUUCUUCGUCGGGUUCGCGAGUCCUCGCGCGCCUAGGCAAAUGUCUCCCGACCUGCUCCUGCCGCAACGGGGGCGCCUGUCUCCGCACGCGGGACCGCAGCACCGGCGGCGAGGCCGGCGGCGGGCUCCGCGGCGACGGCGGCGCCUCCUCCUGGACUCGGCUCCGGGGCAACAUCCAUAAAAAAUACCUUAUUGGUCGCGUCCUCGGGAAUGGCGCCUUUGGCCAGGUUCGCGAGUGCGUAGAUCGGCAGACCAAGGAGAGUUUGGCUGUGAAGGUGAUGACGAAGAAGGGGCGGGACAAAGGAGCCUGGAGCGCGUCCGAGAUGUUCAGACGAGAAGUCGCGAUUCUCUCUGCGCUCUCGCAUCCGAACAUCAUACGCUUGGUCGACGCCUUCGAGGACAGACACCACCUCUACUACGUGAUGGACAAGUGCGAUGGCGGCGAGCUGUUUGAGCACAUCGUCCGCCGCAAGCACUUUGACGAAUGCGAUGCCAGUCGCCUCUGCAGGCAAAUGCUACUGGCGCUCGACUACCUGCAUUCCUUCAACAUCGUUCAUCGAGACGUCAAGGCAGAGAACUUUCUGUUCCGCGACAAGUCCUUCGACUCCACGCUCGUCCUUAUCGACUUCGGCAUGUCCGCGCGUGUGCUCCCUGACCAGACUCUCUCCGAGGUCUGCGGCUCGCCUCACUACCUGUCGCCAGAGCUUCUGCGGCGGCAGUACUCCUGCCCGGCAGACAUGUGGGCGCUGGGCGUCCUCGUCUUCUUGAUGCUCUACGGCCGAUAUCCCUACGACGGUCACACAACGAGUCGAAUCGUGCGAGACAUCCUCUACAAGCCUCUCGACUUCCGUUCCAGGCACAUUCGCCCCUCCUCGCUGGCGCUGGGCUUCAUUAGAGCCCUGCUCGAACCCGACCCGAACAAGCGCAUGACCGCGCAAGAGGCCUUGCAGCAUCGGUGGAUUCUGGAGGGCGAUGCAGACGCGCGGCGUGAGAAGGAAGAAGCCCGAAUCCCGAUCGAGAUUGUGCGGUCGGCCCAUCGCAAGGUGACUGCGGGACGGAUCGUGGCGAAUCGCGAAGACGGAGAGCGGCGGAAAAGGCGCGAGAGUGCUGCCGGCGGCUUGCACCAUCCGCAGCCUGGGGUGAUGCGACCCCAGCGGACCGAGGACCCUUGCGGCCCAAGGACCCAGAAUCGGUACUGGUACAAGGGCGGCUGGCAGCGGAAGCCCCGGGUUGCUCCGGAGUACACCAGAAAAAACACGCGUCUGGCAACGACACCCAGUCGAAUUCAGCGGCGACACCAAGAGGAGCUCGCCGACAUCCUCAGAGACGCGUCGAUGGGGUUGCUCGUCAAUCGCAGCAGCAGCUUAGGGAUGUCUGAGGAGGUGUCACGCCUCCCGACCGUGUCGGGCUCGCCUCCAGGCGGCGGCUCGGAUUUUUGUUUCUCCCGCACAGCAGCCUCAAAGGACCUCGAGAGCAGCGACGAGCUCCACGCCCCAGCAGACGAUGCCGCGCAGGCGCCCGCAGACCGCCCUGCAGACGCGCCUCGCGGGCCGCGAUCGUCCUGCGCCGUCUCCGACGUCUCCCGGUACGCCGCGGCGCCGACGCUCCGCCGCCGCACCGAGGGCGGAGGGGGGGCCUGUCGCCGAAGACGACGCGCCUCUCAUGUGAGUGGCGUGAGUCGCGAAGAAGGUCGGAGGAACUCCGCACAGCAGGCGUGUGCGACGCGGUGA